UGCACAUGCGUAAAAGGAAAACAACUUGAUGACUGAUGAGAGUGAGAACUUCCACGUAGUACUUUAACUUAUGAUUGUUUACUUUUUUAUUUCAUACUUUUAUGUCGUUUUAGUUAUACCAAACCAUUGACAAUGCACGGUUCUGAAGGAUCAGACAGCUCAGUGAAGAUAUUCGCCAACAUCUUCAUAACAUUUGUAGGCGCUGGCGUUCUAGGCCUACCGUUCGCGUUCAAAGAGGCUGGUAUAUUAGAAGGCAUUGUCAUAAUGAUACUUAUAUCAGCUGUCAGCAUCAAAGCUAUGCUCCUGUUAAUAGACUGUAAAUAUAGAUUGAACAGGCGGCCAGAAAUACGCAAGAUUUAUAAAAUUGUAGAAGUCGAAACAGAAGAAAAUCAUCAAGGGAAUACUUAUGAAAAAUUAGAUUUACUAGAAAGUCAUACAAAUGAAUCAAAUGGAUUCAGACAUGAUGUCCAGGACGUAAAAGAAUUAAAGAGUUCUCAGAAAGAAUUGGAUUAUGGUGAUCUAGGUUAUUAUGCUCUUGGUAAUACUGGGAGAACGGUUGUGGACACAGUAAUCGUUAUAUCUCAAACAGGGUUUUGUUGUGCCUACUUGAUAUUUAUUACUGAAAACCUUGGAUCAUACAUUGUAAAAUUUGCCACAUUCCAGUGGUUAUUGUUUCUACUUCCACCUCUGGCAUUUCUUGCCAUGCUGAGACAUCUUAAUCAUUUAGCUAUAUUCAGUCUAUUUGCAGAUUUUGCUAAUGUAUUUGCAUAUUGUGUAGUGUUCUGGUUUGAUUUUGAACAUAUACAUGUUCUAAAAAAGCUUCACCCAAAAGAAAUAUCUUUAGAUGGGUUUCCAUUUUUUCUUGGCAUAGCAAUAUAUUGUUUUGAGGGUGCUGGGAUGGUAUUAUCUCUUGAAGCGUCCGUCCUGCCUUCAGUAAGAAGUAAAUUUAGAAAGAUAUUUGUCCUUGCAUUGGUAUUAGUAACUACUCUUUACAUUGUGUUUGGUGUGUGCGGGUAUUUGUCGUUUGGACCAGAGACAGAGAACAUCAUUACAUUGAACCUCCCACCUGGAUUGUUCCCACUACUUGUCAAGGGCUGCUUAUGUUUCUCACUCUUCUUCACCUAUCCAAUGAUGAUGUUCCCAGUCUCACGAAUCAUUGAAAAUAUUACUACAGACGACCCUCUGCGCAACUUGAAUAGAGGGAAUAUUAUUCGUUGCUCGAUGGUUUUACUAACUGGCCUCAUCGUUCUUGCUAUCCCAAACUUCACCACCCUCAUGGCCCUAGUGGGCGCUAGCUGUUGCACCCUCCUUGCAUUUAUUCUCCCGGCAAUAUUUCACAUGAAAUUAUGUCAUGAGACUUUAACAAUGCGUCAGCUAGUUUUUGAUUGGAUCCUCAUUAUUCUAGGAGUUGUUGGGUGUUUAAUUGGUACCCAUGAUGCAUUGCACAGGAUGUUCUCACCUGAAAUCCCUGUUGGGAAUAGCGCCACCCUUAUACCAAGGGUAGUACAAUCAAACCUAACAGGACACAAAUCAACGUGAGCAUUCUUCACAUGGAAAUCAUGAAUUAAAGGCUGGUCUUAAGGGUGGGGAUUAUUCCAGGGUUGAGAAUGUAAAAUGGUUGUGGGGUAGGGAGGAGGUCAUUGGGAAUUCUUAGAUUCGUAAGCCGAGCACUUAUUGCUCCCGACAGCCGACGCAAAUUUAUGGAGAAAGCAACAUCACAAUGCGUGCGUCUGAUGUUUUUGAUGAUGUUCUGUUCAGAAUGCCACCGACAAUCAGCGUACAGUGUUGCGUCUUCUAGCGCUCACAUUGAGCGGGGUUAGAUUCGUUGUACGACGCAGAGUGUUCCCGCCUUUUGAUUUUUCUGCAAUAAAUUUCCCAAGUUCUAGUGGAUGUUUCUCACUGUGGGUGAUAUGUUGUUUAACACAGUUUAACUUGCAUUAAUUCUUGUUUUUUAGUCCAUAUUAAUAAUUACAGUAAUUUGUUCUCACCAUUGAAGCAAUAAGUUGGAUCCAUAUUUAUUACUUUUAAUUUUUAUUUGUUUUCUCUCAUGUCUUCCAUUAAAAUGUUGAAAAUAUAUUUUGAGAUAAGUAACUAAAAAGAGGCUGUGUGUGUGCAUGUUUCAAUAUAUGGUAAUUGUUGAAUUUUAAUGUCAUAAUAUUUGGUUUUUUUUUAUUUCAUAAUAUCAAUUAUAUAAAGGACCACCUUUCUUAACUUCAUUAUACAGUAUAUUAAAUUUUCAAUUUCGUUUUAUGUAAUAAUAAGUAUUGUACUUGUUUUUAAAUUAUGCCACUCUAGAAUUACAAUGAAAAAUCUAUAAUGAGAUGAAUCAUUGAUUAUUUAGUAUUGUGGUAACAAGUUCUCGUAAUUCGUAAAGCUCCGAUGAAGGCAGUAUAAUAGAGAGAGUAGAGUAUGUUGGCCCUAACAACCACACAUACAAAAAAGACCUAUUAUUCAAUCAGCCAAAGUGUUUCUAGAGCUCCACAUUGGAGUUAAAAACAUGACAUCUUAACUUAUUUUUAUAAUAAAGAAUAACAUUGUUAUUA